AUGUCAUAUAUUGAGAUACAACAUGAUGAGCAUACUGGAUGGUUGUGUAAUAAUGAUCUUAUUCUCAUGUGUGAUCGAGAAAUAUUCCCUAAUGAUGUUAAUAGUCUAUUUAUAGACGAUGAUAGACUGCGAUCAAUGUAUUCGAGCCGUCUACAUCGAAAAAGUCGUCGUCAUAUUCCAAAACUUGAUUUUAAUGAUGAAAAAUUAUUUCCGUCUAUUUUCAAUAGAACUACACGUAUAACAACAACAACAAAUAUAUUUUCUGAUGAAAUAAAUCUUGAUGAAGAAUUGAUUUCAGAAUUGAAUUCUAUGUUAGAUUGUCGAGAAUAUGUACGUAAGCAAAAUCAUUUUUUUGAUCGAAAACAAUUUCAACAGGCUCAAGCAGCACAAGCUGAUGAAGAAAAAAAGUUGGAAGAAUUCAAAAGACGUCAACAAGAACAAUGUAAGAUUGAAAGGCAACAGCGACGACGACAGCAUCCAUCAUAUGUCAGUCGAUUUGAUGAAAAACGUUAUGUACCGUCGAUGAGAAAAAAAUUAUAUAAAUUUGUGAAUUAA